UUCAAACGCUUAAGCAACCGGACAUAUACGACAGUGAAAUCUCAGUUUAAAAUAGAAAAGUGUUCCGUUGUAAUACGAGAAUUUAAAGGAAGAAAAUGAUCAACUGAAACGAGUCGGAAAAUAUUCAUUUCAAAGAUUUAAAAGAAAAAACGUUUUAAUCGUGUCACUCACGUACCCAUAAUUUGAUUGUUGGUAUUUUUGUUGUGCUGUGUGUUUGUGCUUUGAAUUUUCAGAUUUAAUUAAAAUAAUUGCGGUGUGCGGUAAUUAAUUGCAUAGUUGACAGAGUACGGUGAUAACGUUUAACUGUACAAAUUUUGUUUAGUUCGCUCCUGUUGUUGACACACUGGUUGGUGCUGUGGUUGAAGAAGGACGCUUUAAUUUAAUUGUUUUAUUAACUCGGAAAGAAUGGCAAAAAGUGGAUUGCUGAUGGUGUAUUUGAAACUGUGGUUCGUUUUGUGUUUGGUUGUAAAUGCAGUGUAUCCACUGACGCAAAACAAUCUGUCGUUGUGCGAAUUGGAACAACUGGUUAAAGAUCUUGUCUACCCUGAUGACGGCAACGAAUUACACGCAGCAUCACUACGAAGUCAACUUCGCAAUUUGUUAGACAAUAAUAACAUCGACUACGAUUCAUUCAAUUCACCGGAUACACUCACUGAAAACGAAAAGAGGUCGCUCAGUUCAAUUGCCAGGAAUGGUUUAUUAAACAAUGGCAAACGAAACAUUGGUUCAAUUGCUCGUUUAGGAUUUAUCAGAGCCACACCGGACCAGAUAAAACGCAGCAUUGCCGCCCUAGCAAAGAACAGUCAAUUGCCCACGUCUCGUGAGCCCGAAACGGAAGACAAUGGACAAACGUCUGAAUUGAUGGAAAAGCGAAACAUUGGAUCUGUUGCUCGGUCGGGAAUGAUGACUGGAAAGCGGAAUAUCGCUUCAUUAGCUCGAGGAUAUGAACUGCCAAAUGGUAAACGAAAUUUGGCGUCGGUGGUUCGUUCUGGGCGACCCGGUAGUUACAAGAGAAACAUUGCUUCGCUGGCCAGAGGGAAUUUUUAUCCGUAUUUCGGUGAAGGAAUCAAACGUAAUGUUGGUGCAUUGGCCCGUGACUGGUCGCUACCGAAGACGCCUACGAAAGUUGCGGUGAAAAGAGACACACACAGCAAACAUGUGGUGAAAAGAGAAGCUGUUGAUCCACAGGAAAAAGUAACAGUUUCCGACGGAAAGAAUAGCCAUACCGCUGACGUUAAAGUUGCUCCACAUCAUCAACACAAACGCGAAUCGGUCUACGACGAUUAUCCAGGUACAAACAGUGAAAUUCUAGAGCCCAUUUAUCAAAUACCCGAACUUGAUUACGACGAUCUCAACCAGGCACUGAAUGAAAUCUAUGCAAACGAUGACGAAGAAAUACACGAAGAUAAACGAUUUCUGGGAUCUGUUGUACGAGACGGCUGGUCGGCGUAUCGUCCGAUGGAAAAACGAAAUAUUGGAUCGUUAGCCCGUAUGGGCUUGUUACGCAAUGAUUACAGUACUUACGAACAGCAAAAGAAAUAUAAUCAACAGCAGGAGAAACGGCACAUCGGCGCCCUAGCUAGGUCAGGCUGGCUUCCAUCAUUUAGUCCUGUUCGUGGCAGUCGAUUCAGUCGAUCUGGCAGGGCUAGGCCGGGUUCUACCCCCAACAAGAGCUUCGUCGCCAGCCGAUCGCCGUCGCUUGUGAAAGAUGCAAAAGCUCUUUCUAUCCCAGUCCCGUCAGCUGGGCAGCGCCUGGCCUAUCCACCUGGGGAACACCACGUAAACUUGCCGCAAUACACCAAAGAUCUCUUCGAGGACCGUUUCAUCCAUCCGGAGACUAUUACUAAUUAUUAUCCACAGAACGCUUUCCAUUUCGAUUACAAUGACAAUAAUUUUAUGGAUCAACUGAAUGACGGAGAUGACGGAAAUUUUGUAGAAAAUGAGCGAGAAGAAAGGCUUUGUUAUUUGAGAUUAAGCAAAUUGAUUUUAUUUUUGGAGCUGAAUAGUUAAAUUGUUUGAAGAGAACCGGAGAAAAAAAGGAAACCAAUGGAAAUUUAAACUCAACAACCCACUCUUUCAUAUCAUAAAUUUAAAUGGUUAAAAUAUCCAAGUUGUUCCGGACCCCACAUAUCUUUUCAUAUCUUCAAUCUUUCUUCUUGUCUUUUAAUAACCCAAUUUUAAUCAAAUUUCUGAGAUAAAAUCAUAAUCCAAAAACAAAAUAUUUUUUAAGAAACUUUUACUUAUGAACUUUAUGGACAAUAAAAAUGAAAAUUUUACUUAGAUUAGCUUAAACGGAGAGACUGUUGUAUACAUCAGAAUUAUCAUACAUGGCUGGAAUAUGAUUGUUUAUGAUAAAUACAAUGGAUUUUAGCUUUAUGUGAUUAACUCGAACCCAUCGAAGUUAAUAUUUCGCCGGAAAUCAAAACAAAAAUUGUUUCCCUUUCAGAAAGUUUAAUUUUCAAAUUGGGAUACAUUUAGGGUGACCAGACGUACAUUCACUUAAAUUUCACUUUUUAUUCGAGUGUUUAGAAAAGAUUAUUCAAUUAAAAUUUCAUUGACACAAUGAUCGCCAAUUAACGUAAGAAACAAUGUUUUUACAAAUCACAACAUUGCUCCCAAACAUAGAAAAUAUUCGGAGGCUGAUGAAAUGACAGUUGGGAUUGCGUUCCUCUUGUAAAGACAGAUGACCUGUCUCGUUGUAUGAGUCAAAACAUACAAUACAAACAAUCUUAAGCGGAAGCUGUUCUCACUAAAGCCUCCAGAUUUGACGGCUGCUAGGACUUUCGCGCCGCGUCAUUCACAAUAAUUGACAAAAUGACACAUUUCGUAUAAAGAAGAUGUCACUUUGUGGGUUAUUGUGAAUUGCACGGCGCGAAAUUCCUAAACAGCGAUUUGACACUUAUCAGUUCAGUUUUCAUGCUAGGAGUAGUGCUGUGCAUAAUUGGAUCUAAGAAAAAUGUCGAUUCAUUGGGUCACGUUCAGUGCUAUUUCUCAAUAAGUUGUUCAACAGAGACGCCACAAUAAUUUUGUUUGAUGCCUGAAUAUCGAAAGUCAAUGUGGUCGAAACGAUGACCAUAAUCAUGAACGCAAUAUUUUUGCGAGACUGAGUCUACUAAUUAGUAGAUUUCUGACUAGGCAUUCGAUCGAACGCUUCAUUUUAUCAUUUAAUUUCGAUAAAAUUUCAAGUACUCUUGACGUUUGAUUAAUGGUACAUUCGUCUUUAAAUUGGCCUGAAACAUUGAAGUGAAGUGACUCAUGAAGUUUUUGUAUGCAAGAUCAGCAGUUUUGUCAUUCUGGUCACCCUAUUAUAUUAAAGUUUACGAAUGUUAUUGGAAAUGAAAUAUUUAAUCAAAAUAAUUGUAAUACGAUGACAAUAAAAUAUAAAACUAAAAAUCACCAACAAAAUAAUCUACGUGCUGUCAGAUGGAUAAUAAUAAAACUUAAAUGUAUAUGAAUGUAAAAAAAUAUUUAAACAAACAAAAUAUUUACUAAUGAUGACAAUGUGACAAUAAAAAUACACAAAAAAAAAUUAAAUAAAUGUUUAACUGAUGA